ACAGAAGCCUUAUGAAUGUAAUAUGUGUUUGAAAGCCUUCAGUAAUAAAUGCUACUUAGACCAACAUAAAAAAAUUCAUACCAGCGAUAUACCCUAUAAAUGUAAUCACUGUGGGAAAGCAUUCUGCCAGGAAUCAAACUUUAUUAAACAUAAGUUAAUUCAUACUAAAGAAAGACCAUUUGGGUGUAAUGAAUGUGGGAAGGCUUUCAGCAAUAAACACUACCUAAGCAAACAUCAAAAAAUUCAUAUUGGAGUGAAACCCUUCAAAUGUAAUGAAUGUGGGAAGGCCUUCAGCAGUAAUAGCUACCUGAUUCAGCAUAAAAAAAUUCAUACUGGAGUGAAACCCUUCAAAUGUAAUCAAUGUGGGAAAGGCUUUAUGAGUAAUAGCUACCUAAUUCAGCAUCAAAGAAUCCAUGCUGGAGGGAAGCCCUACAAAUGUUACGAAUGUGGGAAAGCUUUCAGUAGUAAUAGCUACCUAAUUCAGCAUCAGAGAAUUCAUACGGGUGAGAAACUGUAUAAAUGUAAUGAAUGUGGGAAGACUUUCAUUAGUAAUAAGCAACUAUCACAACAUAAAAGAAUCCAUACUGGAGAGAAGCCUUAUAGCUGUAAUGAAUGUGGAAAAACCUUCAGGCAGAUGGGACAUGUUGAAACACAUAAAAAGAUUCAUACAGGUGAGAAGCCUUUUGAAUGUAAUGAAUGUGGGAAAGCCUUCAUCAGUAAUCAACAGCUAUCCCGACAUCAAAGAAUUCAUAUUGGAGGGAAACCCUAUAAAUGUAAUGAAUGUGGAAAAGCUUUCAGUAGUAAUAGCUACUUAACUCUACAUCAAAGAAUACAUCCUGGAGGGAAGCCCUAUAAAUGUAAUGAAUGUGGCAAAGUCUUUAUCAGUAAUAAUAACUUAAUUCAGCAUCAAAAAAUCCAUCCUGGAGAAAACCCCUAUAAAUGUAAUGAAUGUGGGAAAGUCUUCAGCACUAAUAGCUACCUAAUUCAACAUCAAAGAACUCAUACUGGAGAGAAACCCUACAAAUGUAAUGAAUGUGGAAAAGCCUUCAUCUGUAAUAGCUACCUAAUUCAACAUCAACGAAUCCAUACUGGAGGGAAGGCCUAUACAUGUAAUGAAUGUGGAAAAGCCUUUAGCAGCCAUCAAAAGCUCACUCUUCAUCAAAGAAUCCAUACUGGAGAGAAACCUUAUAAAUGUAAUACAUGUGGCAAAGCUUUCAAUAGUAACAGCUAUCUCAUUGAACAUCAAAGAAUCCAUACUGGAGAGAAACCCUAUAAAUGUAAGGAGUGUGGCAAAGCCUUCAGGCAAAGUUCAUCACUUAUGCAACAUCAGAAAAUUCAUACUGGAGAGAAACCCUAUAAUUGUAAUGAAUGUGGGAAGGCCUUCAGGCAAAGUUCAUCCCUUAUGCAACAUCAGGUAAUUCAUACUGGAGAGAAGCCCUACAAAUGUAAUGAGUGUGGGAAAGCAUUCAACAAUAAUCAAAAUUUAUCACGACACCAAAGAACUCAUACUGGAGAGAAGCCCUAUAAAUGUAACAAAUGUGGGAAAGCCUUCAGCAGUAAUAGCUACCUAACUCAGCAUCAAAGAAUCCAUACUGGAGAAAAACCCUAUAAAUGUAAUUCAUGUUGGAAAGCCUUUAGCAGUAAUCAAAAGCUCUCAAGACAUCAAAGAGUCCAUACUGGAGAAAAACCCUAUAAAUGUAAUGAAUGUGGGAAAGCCUUCUGUACCAAUUCUAGAUUUGAAACACACAGGGCAAUUCAUUCUGGAGAGAAACUGGUUUAA